AUGCCAGCGCUAAAUAGAAUAAGUUGCAUGCUUGCCAGUGGUGUAGAAGUACCGGAAUUUGGAGAGCCCAUCACAAAUCUGACGGUGCCGAUCGGGCGUGACGCUACCUUCGAAUGUAUCGUUGUCAACCUUGGCAACUUUCGGGUCGGCUGGGUGAAAGCAGAUACAAAAGCGAUCCAGGCGAUCCACGAACACGUGAUUACCCACAAUCCUCGAGUAUCAGUAUCACACAGCGAUCAUUCCACCUGGUACUUGCAUAUUAAAAACGUCCAGGAAGAAGACCGUGGACAGUACAUGUGUCAAAUCAACACAGAUCCUAUGAAGAGUCAGAUGGGCUUCCUGGACGUGGUGAUCCCGCCGGAUUUUAUUCCUGAAGAGACUUCAGGUGACACUAUGGUGCCGGAGGGGGGCACAGCUAGGGUGUCAUGUAGAGCCCGUGGUGUGCCACCUCCGAGAGUCAUGUGGAAAAGAGAAGAUGGACAAGAUAUUGUUGUAAGGGACCAAACUGGAGCAAAGAGUAAAGUUUUAACGUACCAGGGUGAAGUGUUGAAGCUGACGAAAAUAUCUCGCUCGGAGAUGGGCACAUACUUAUGUAUCGCUGGCAACGGGGUCCCACCUACCGUCAGUAAACGGAUCCACAUCAGUGUACACUUUCAUCCAGUGAUCCAGGUGCCAAAUCAACUAGUUGGCGCUCCAUUGGGUACUGACGUCACUAUAGAGUGUUAUGUCGAGUCUUCCCCUAAAUCCAUCAAUUAUUGGGUUAAAGAUCCAGGUGAGCUGAUUAUACCUUCGGAGCACCAUGUGAUGUCUGUUAGACAAAAAUCCAUGUUUGAGGCGGAGAUGACCAUGACCAUUAAGAAUAUACGGAGGGAGGACUUGGGCAGUUACAUCUGUGUGGCCAAGAAUUCCUUAGGGGACGUCGAGAGCAAGAUAAGAUUAUACGAGAUUCCAGGCAACGACAGGCACGCGUACCAAUACCCGGAUAUCCGGAUGAACUCGGAUGACGAAUACGGUGGAAACGCAUAUGAAGACGAAGACGACGAGAUUGAUAAUAUGAAAAGUAACAGAGUACCGGAUCGGGCCAAUAAAUGGUACUCCAACGAUGGAAAAAUGAUUCUUACAAGCACCGGUGGUGGCUCGACUACCAUUGUGGCGACGACGAUGAUCUUCCUGUGUGUAAUCAAAAGUCUGCUAUAA